AGGACAGAGCAUUGCUAAUGUCACAUGUGUUGCGCCAGUGCCCAACUACCAAGCCGCCUUCAACCAGAACCCGUACGGACCAGGCAACCCCAACAUGGCAGGAGGCCAGAUGAACAUGGCCGCCGGCUAUCCCAUGGGCGCCGGCAUGCCCAUGGGUGGCGGCGGUGGUGGUUUCCCCAUGCACCCGGGCAUGACACCACAGCAACAGCAGCAGAUGAUGGCGAGGAUGCAGCAGCAACAGCAACAGCAACAGCAGAACGUUGGCAACGGCAUGUCGACGCCGACACCGCAGAGAUACCAGCCGCAGCCUGGCCACGGCACGCCAACACCAAACAGUGGGACGCCAUCACAACAGCCUCAGUUCUCACCGCCGCCGAAUGGCCAAGGAAUGCCCCAGGGGCAGAUGCAGAACAACAUGCAAAUGCAUGGACAGCCACAACAACAGCAUCAACCACAGCAGCAGCAGCAGCAGCAGCAGCAGCAGCAGCAGCAGUUCGCGCAACAAAUGCAACAGCAGCAACUUCAACAGCAGCAGCCGCAACCGCAGCACCCACAUAUGCAGCAGCAGCAACAACAACAACACCAGCAGCAGCAGCAGCAGCACGCGAGUCAGCCGCAACAACCCACCUCUGCGACGAUCCAGACACCACAGACACCGACGUUCCCCACCGGCGGAUCGGGGACAGCGACGAACGGCGCCUCUACAGCCACGACUCCCUUGAGCCCAGGCCCGACUUCGAGAGACAAGGAGCGUAACGGUAUAAUACUCGAGAUCAAUAACGAGCUGUUGCUGGAGGCAUUGCAGAUACAACAUACCCAGGCGAUCCUCAAAAAGGAGAGGCUGGCUGAGGGAGGUGAUGGCACAGGCGCGGACAAGAAGAUCAAGGAGGAAGAGGACCUGCUUGCACAGGACUAUAUACAAUGCAUGCGACGGCUUCAAGCCAAUUUGGCAUACCUCGCGGCGCUCGCCGACAAGAAGAGCCAAGGAGCACCGUCAUCAAGCCCGGCGUUCCUCAAAGCGCCGCCACUCAACACCCGCGCCAAGCUCAAGCCGAUGCCGACACAGGAGGGAUCUGAUAAUGGCGCCGGCCAGGGGAACAGCACAGUAUCGGAUCGCGAAGAGACAUCUCGCUAUCUCCAAGACCUAUACAAGAAGUUGCAGGCCCUGUUCCCCGGUGUGGAUCCGAAUAAAGAACCUGUGAUGCCGGGGCCCGGCAGCCGAGCCGGUGCCGGUGUUGGUGGAGGUGCGGCCAAGCAGCCAGGCAUCCAGACGCCAAGCCAAGCCAGCCCCGUGCCGGGGAACAAGCAGCCCCCGCCGCCGCAGCAGCAGCAGAUGGGGCAACAGAUGGGUUUCCCCGGAGCUCCUCAGAUGGGGGGCAUGGGACCGCUACAAUGAGGAAUGAGCCGAGAACAAGCUCAAGGCGAGGACUGUGAUUGUUUUCGAACUGGCUCGCAAAUCUCUGCGAGCUUGACAGGAACUUGUUGAUCGAUGGCUGCAUCGCCCGUGCGGAGCAAGGCGAGGGUGCGACUUAACAGGACAUGGUAACGAAGCUGUGAGCGUUCGCCAAUCACUUAUUAUAUCCCGUCUCGAUUGUCACAAGGUUACUCAGUGGUUUUUUCUUUCUCUCCAGAGUCUUACGCCGGCGUUGGUGGUGGUGGUCCAUAGCUAUGCCUUUCUUUCUUGGAUAUACAAAAAUAACAUCAUUACCCUUACAGACACAGACGAUGUGUUUGCCAAUGCGUUUGGCAAGAUAAUACCCAAGACGAACGCAGAU